AUGCUGGUGUUUGUAGUUCCCCUCACGGUUUCAUCUAAAACUUCGCUCCGUUUGCUCCCAACAAUGCCAACACCCACCAUCCCCUGUCCAUGCCAACGCGGUGGCGUUGACUCAGAUUCUACUAGCGAACGGUUUUACACACAAUUUGAAACUGUUUUAGGUAAUUCAUGGAACAUAUAUUUCCCCAGCGCACCGUGGAGGCUUUAUUGGGUCUAUGAUAUCUACCUAGCUAUGAAGUUCUCAACCAUCACGGCAAUAUCUCUAGCAUCGCUCGUGAUUGUUCUCUUGUGGUGCCUUUUUGUUGUUAUCAUUUUUCGCAAUUGGCCGCAGGACAGCAUUGAAUCUAAGGCCAAGCACACAGGGGAUCGAGGAAGCACAACAAGCAGCACGAUUUCGUCCGCGUCGCAUUCAUUUAGGUACAAAUGUGGGGACCCUGAGAUCGGGGAAGGCCAAUUGCAAAAUGCAAGCAGCGCUGGAGAAAAGAUCCGAGACCCCUCACGUGGACAAGAUGGCGUAGAGAGUGAUACUAACAGAGGUUCCGGGAUCCAUAGUUUCGCUGGAAGAGCAUACGAAGAUAUGGAAUCUGGUCCACUCCCCACUCCAUACGGGAAUUCCGACUUGACGACUCACGAAUCAUUUGGACUUGAAGAACCCUUCGUUACCUCCGACCCAGCCACCCCAGAGAGUCCUCCCAGACCGUCUUUAGCUCUCUGUCCUGAAAGCCCAUCCUCUAGCUACUACUUAGUAAUGGAUAUUCACUUAACGCCGUCGGAGUCUAGCCGAACACCUAGAACCAUUGAGGAGCUCGAGCCACAAACCGGUUCACAUCGCCCGUCCCAUUCUUCAACCUUUUUGAAAAGAGCACAUGGGAAAUACGCAGCAGGAUUCCAAAGCCCUCAUUAUUCAGUCGCUAGUUCGUCCUCACAAAUAACCAGCAUAAAAUACGCCGAUGAUUUGGUUCACCAUCGGCUCACAGGACACACCGUUCACCUGCCACCAGAUUGGGCCCGGCAGCAUAUCCGGAACGGGAUUCGUCCUAGGCCAGUCGACCGCCCCGUGCGGCCUACAACUACAGCGGAAAAUGUGGCAGAUUGGAGGACACGAGUGAUCAAUGACGGGGAAGCGAUAACUCCGAGACGCCUCCGUGAUACCGAGAGGGAUAAAUCGGGCUUUGGUAGAGGAGAUGAAGAGACGCAAGAAACGAAAAUCAAAAUUGUGGUUUCCUCUCCUGCUCAAUGCAUGGCCUACUUACAUUCGGAGAUUGAGUGCCCAAUCCUGAACGAGUGUGCCACAUGCCUACCAAGUGGGUCCAGUCGAAAAAAAAAUGACGGCCCUGGAAAGUUCGUCGUCACAGUUCGUUUGUACCGAUUCGCGGAUUACGAACAACACAAGCAGUAUUCUAUGAUACAACGUAAACAUGAUGAGAACGAAGGUGAACGAUAUUCUCAUCAUGCAGUAGAGGACGCUGAGCAGCAUCGAGAUGACGGGUGGGUGAUAGGAGAUGCAGGGCAUAUCGUUAGGCGAAUGAUCUUAUUUGGAGAGUCUUGUGGAGUUCGUAACUCCAUUACUGGUGAUGGGGUUGGAUUUCAUGGCCUGAGAAAAGGACCAAGUCUGCUGGAGCCGGCUAAAACCGGGCUGAAACUCAAUGUGUUAGAAAAUGUAUGGGAAGGUGCGGGAACUGUCAGUUAA